AUGAUUGAUACACCAGAUAAUUGUAUAAGUAACUGUUUUCUAUGCAAUACUAUGGAACAAUGUUCACGUCAAUGUAUUCGUCGAACAUUCUAUGCUGUUCUAGUCGGCGUAUCGCCCAUUGUUCUUUGUUUGUUAUUUAUUGGUCUGGCGCGUUUAAUUUUAUAUCGUCUUGAAAUGGUUUAUUAUCGUCGGCAAAAAAUAACCGAUCGUCGUCCAUCCAUAUUUUCUUGUCACAGUGGGCGUCUAGCACUUUCUUAUACACCUGUCUCCAAUGCUGAAAUACAACGUAUUAUUCAAGGCGAAUAUAAAAGCCAACGAACAAGAGAAUCAUGCGCAUUUGUUUACAAUAAUCCUACUAAUACACGUAAAGCACCAAGAUUUAUUAGAUCAAUAUUACCAAGACGUGAAUCAGCUUUACCAACAUCGAGCAUUCUCUCAAAUCUUGUUAUACGUCGUAGUAUAUUGGAUGCAAAUCCCAUAAUGACUCUUCUUCCACCUGUUGACGUACCAUUACAACCUACGUUUUCCAUAAUUAAUGAACAAAACAAACAACGCGCAAGUACUGGUACGAUAACAAAAGACUCAAUUGAAUCAACAACAACAACAACAACAAAAAGCAUAGCAGCAAUGAACCAUAAUAAUAAUCACAACAAUAAUGAUGGAAAUGUUAUGCCUGUGCAUGAUUUAACGGUAUUUGAACCUGAACCAAUAGCAAAUGAUUAUUUAUUCACUCCAUUAAAAACAUUGACAACAACAGUUUUUGUUGAAGAAUUUCUUGAAUUUCAUUCAGUUAGUUCAUUGCCAUGUGUAUCAACUAUGCUUAGUUCAAUUGCAGAAAAUGAUAAUGAGAAGAAUUCAGAAAUAAAUAAAACUAUCGAAGAAAAAUAA